CCCUUCCUUUCAUUUCCUGACCUCACGUGGCCACCUUGUUCUCUUCUCGUUCACUGAGGCCUUUAAACCUUGUCUCAUCAGCUGCACCUUCCCCCUUCCGGCCUCAUCUCCUCGUGUAGAAAGGCUUUUUUGUGUUCUUUCUCUUCUUGCGUUUUUGAGUUCUCUUCCAUAGUACUCUGCUUGCAGAAAGAUGGCGCUGGAAGCCGUAGUUUUUCCACAAGAUCUAUUCGGCCACAGCAUGAGAGAGUUGUUCAACAAUGGCGGAGAGUUCUGGGGCUAUGACUUUGGCGAUGGAGAACGCGAGUCUGAUAAAAAUGGGGCGGUUCCACUAGCAAGUAACGCAAUUGAUUCUGCUGGUGUUCAAGGAGGCAGGGGGAUAGAACAAAAUGCGACUUUGGACGCCUCUUGCUCCACCGUGGUGCAAGUUUUUGAGAAUUCCUCAUCGCCAGAGGCCGCCGCCAACAACGACGCCUUCGUCUUCAGCCCAAAGGUGGGCCGUAAAAAGAGGCAGCGGUCGAGAAGCCAGAAGAACCAGGAGGAGGUGGAGAACCAGAGGAUGACUCACAUUGCCGUGGAGCGUAACCGGAGAAAACAGAUGAAUGAGUACCUGGCAGCGCUCCGGUCACUUAUGCCGGCCUCUUAUGUACAGAGGAGUGAUCAAGCAUCCAUAAUUGGAGGGGCAAUCAAUUUCGUCAGGGAGCUCGAAAAGCUAGUCCAGUCUCUUGAAGCUCACAAAAGAAUCAAGCAGCGAUCUGCUUCACCCCCUUUUGCUGAUUUCUUCACCUUCCCCCAGUACUCAUCCAACCCUUCUAGGUGUGCAACCUCUGCAGCUAAUGAGAGCAUACAUGAGCCUGUGGUAGAGAACAAAUUGUCUGCAGCAGACAUAGAGGUAACCAUGGUUGACAGCUAUGCCAACCUGAAGAUCCUCUCACCCCAACGGCCAAAGCAGCUGCUGAAGUUGGUGGUUGGAUUGCAGAACCUCCACCUGACCACGCUCCACCUUAAUGUCACUUCCAUUGAUGAAAUGGUCCUCUACUCCUUCAGUCUAAAGGUGGAAGAUGAAUGCCAAUUGACUUCAGUGGACGAGAUUGCAGCAGCAGUGCACCAGCUAGUUGGCAAAAUUCAAGAAGAGGCUGCCUUUUGAAUGUACCUUGUGAUUGUGUUUUUUAAUUUAGACCAUAUGCUUGCUGUCUUAAUUUAGUUCCAAAUGUCUGUUUAAGAUCCUAUUUUGCUGAACUGAUCUGACUGCAAAUUUGCAAAUUCUCGGCUAUGUUUCAUAAA